GCCACCGGAAAUACAUACAAAUCAUUAGCAUCGAACUUUUUUUCUCCGCUUCCUGCACAGGUCAGCUGUUUCAAGAUUGCUGCCUUCAAAACAGACCGAAGCUCAACUUUUUGAUGAGGACACCAUCCGGUUCUGUGCUCAUCCAGCAUGGCCAUGUUUGAGAACUGCGUGGUGGUCCUGGAGCUCAAGAACCUGCCCUACAAAGAGAGGGAGUUUUGCAAGUCUCUGUUCUUGGAGAAUGGAGCCAAAAUCUCGCUUGUGGUGAAUAAACAGUGCUCUAUGGUGGUGGCCAGCGAUGUCAACAACCUGAGCUCCAGCCGUCUGCGCAGCAUCCAGAAGUACAAGAUUCCCGUGGUUGACCUGAAUUACGUGUACGGGUGCACGAGAACGGGCGUCCGUCAGCCGGUGGAGCUCUUCAUGCUGGAAAUUCCUCCCAGUGGGUUCAGCCCAGCCAGGCUCAGGCCGCCCACACAGAGAGAGUUUCCACCUGCUUCUCCGACUGAGGAGAAUCCCCAAAGUGGGAAUGUUCUGGAGAAGUUCAGAAUCUAUGCUGAAAUGGACUUCAGCCUUCCGAGGUUUCCUGAUCACUUUGAAGUGGCCAAGUACACCAUCUUUGAGAGGAACAACAGCUGGUGUGUGUUGGAGCUGCAGAGCGUCCGCGUCAAUAAGAGCCGGCGCUACAGAGUGGUCAAGUACUGCAUGGACCUCGCAGAAGAAAAGGCGACGGUGAAGGAUCAGCUGGUGUUUCCGUCCACCUCAGAGGAGGCUCUGGAUGUUUACAAAGCCCUCAGGGAGUCCAUAGAGAUGUCCGGUCUGGAGAUCAGGCCCAGCAUGCCCCCCCAGAUUCAGGAUCUGGGCUCUGCCGCCCUCCAGCAGCUGCUGCUGGAGGAGAAGCUGAACACUGCCAGCGUGUCGCAGGAAGUGGGAGCAUUUGUGGAGCUCCUGUGGACCGAGGCUCUGGGUUGCCUUGCCAACGUCCUCUUGGUUCCCAUCAACAAGCUGAGCUUAAAUGACGUGACCAGGGCCGAGGGCUUGCUGCUUCAGGCUCAGAAGAAACGGAAGGAUGCGGAUCCCUUAGAGGCGGCGGCUCUCCUGAAGGAGGUGUAUGACCUUCUACCUCACAGAGAGCCCCGCCCCCCAGAGCCCAGUGCCAGCUUUUUGUCUCAGAAGCUUGACCUCUGUCAGUUAAUCCGGGAUGUUCUGAACGUGAGUGAGAUGACGCUGUGGAGCUCCACCCCCAGCAGCGUGGGGAAAUACCGGGCACUGAGGUGCAGCGUGGAAGUGGUUCCCCCCAGCAGCUCAGAGUUUCAGGACGUCGCCCGUCUGCUGCAGCACAGUUCACUGCAAAUCCACCAGAUUGUGCGAGUCAGCAGGAGGGCGGAGCUUCAGACCUUCAACAGCGAGCUCAGCAACACCAGAGCCCUCCUGCAUUCAUCAAACCCCACCAACUUUGUCGGGAUUCUGUCCCGAGGUCUGCUGCUUCCUCGCGUCGGUGUGGAGCUUCAUGGGAUUCAAAGAACAGACGUGGGAAAUCUGGGCAGCGGGAUUUACUUCAGUGAUUCCUUAAGCACCAGCCUGAAGUACUCCAAACCCAGCGAGACGGACGGAUCUCGGAUGCUGCUGGUCUGUGACGUGGCCCUCGGAAACUGCAAGGACUUCUUACAAAAGGACCCGACUCUGACCCACGCACCUUUGGGCUACCACAGCGUGCACGGCGUUCGCCACACCGCGGGCAGCCACUCUGACUUUGAGGACGACGAGUACGUGGUUUACAGUCCUGAUCAGGUGAAGCUGAAGUACGUGGUUCGCUUCAGUGUGGAUGGAGAACAGCUGAAAGAGUUCAGACCCGCCGUUGACACUUCUAUCACUGAGCUGGAGCAGCAAACUCAAGAGCUUGAGCCGGACGAGGAGCAGACGGAAGAGGUUAAAAAUCCUCGGGAUGACUUGAAACCCGGACUGCAGGAGAGCUCCGGGCUGAUGCUCCCCCUGGAGUCCAUCCACGUCAGGUGCAAGCUGGUAGAUCUGCUCUCCCAGGUCAUCGUCUUCCAAAAAUACACCAACCUGAGCCCGGUGCCUAUCGAGGCCAAGUAUGUCUUCCCGCUGGACAAUUCUGCCACCGUGUGCGGUUUUGAGGCCUUCAUCAACGGAAAACAUGUGGUGGGACAGGUGAAGGAGAAAGAGACGGCUCGUAAGGAGUACAAGCAGGCGGUGGAAAAAGGCCACGGCGCGUACCUGAUGGACCAGGAUGCUCCUGACGUGUUCACCAUCAGCGUGGGCAACCUGCCUCCUGGAGCAAGCGUCCUCAUUAAGAUCACGUAUGUGUCCGAGCUGGUGGUCAGUGGAGGGCGAAUCAACUUCUCACUGCCGGGGAGCCUGGCGCCCUGGCAGGUGAGCGACGGGCUCAAACAGAUUACACAGGUCUCAGUGGACAAAGUUUGUGUGACUGACGAGUCACAAACUUCAAGAGAGUUCUCAUUGGAGAUGUCAGUGGAGAUGCCAAACGAGAUUCUCUACCUGAAGAGCUACACUCACCAAAUCAAGACAAAGAGGACUGACUGCAAGGCGGUUAUCAGCGUUGUGCCGGGUCAGCCACUGUACCCGGAAGGUUUCGAGCUCAGCAUUGGUUUUUCAAAUAUCCACCUUCCCCGGAUGUGGGUGGAGAACCACCCAGACAAAGACAGCCAGGCCUGCAUGCUGGUUUUCUACCCAGACUUUGAGGCCAAGUCUGAUUCUGCCGCUGAAGAGGUGAUCCUGCUGCUGGACACCUCCGAGUCCAUGAGGGGGGAGUCUCUCCGCUCAGCUCAGAGAAUCGCCCUAAAGCUUCUCCAUCACCUCAGUCACAGCUUCAGACUCAACGUGAUUCUGUUUGGUUCAGAUCACAAAGAAGCCUUCCUGAAAGCUCAGCCGGUGUCUGAGGUUUGUCAGGACGCUGAGAGCUUCAUCAAGAGCUGCUCUCUGGUAGGGGGCAGCACUGAGCUGUGGCGUCCUCUGCGAGCGCUCAGCCUGCUGCCGCCGUCGUGUGGCGUCAGGAACCUGCUGCUGCUGUCGGACGGUCACAUUCAGAACCCCGAGCUUACGCUGCAGCUGAUCAGAGACGGCGCUCCCCAAAGCCGCCUCUUCACCUGUGGAUUCAGCUCCACCGCCAAUCGCCACAUGCUCAGAGCCCUGGCCCAGGUGGGGGGCGGAGCUUAUGAGUUCUUUGAUGCAAAAGCCAAACACAACUGGGAGGAGAAGAUGCUGCGUCAAGUGGGCCGGAUCCGGUCUCCCGGCUGCAGCUCUGUGUCGGUGAAGUGGCAGCAGUUUAGCUCAAUGGCGCCCCCUCCAGUCCAGGCUCCCAUGCAGCUGAACGCCCUGUUCAACGACUACCACACUCUGGUGUACGGCUUCGUGCCGCACUGCACUCAGGCGACUCUUUUUGGGAACUUGUGUGGUCAGGAGCUGAGGACUUUGGUGUCCACCAGCGAGCUGCAGAAAACCAGAGGCACGUUUCUCCACAAGCUCACAGCGAGAGCCAUCAUACGGGAUUAUGAGGAUGGAAACCUGGAUUCCUCUGAAGCAGAACACGAGGGUAAAAAAGAAGAACUGAAGUCCUUCAUCAUCGAGCUGAGCAAAGAGUAUUCCAUCCUGUCGCAGUUCACGAGCUUCGUGGCCAUCGAGGAGAGGGACUCUCAGCAGCCAGAGAGCGGCUUCACAGACAUCCCCAAGCUGAUCGCUGAGGAAGAUGUGGACUUCCUGCCGUACGUCGACUGGACGUUUUAUCCUCCUAAAAAUCAAGACUUUAGUGCACUGAUGAAUGUGGCCGAAUACUACAUGAAGAAGCCCCCACAGAGUCCUGUUGAAGACUCUCUUCCAACACUCCCUAAAGCAGCGGUGUCGAACUCAAUUCAGCCGGGGAUCGCUGGAGUCUUUCUCAAGGCCUCUACCCCCCGAUCUGCUCGUGGUGCUCGUCGUCGUGGCAGCUGUCGCAGUCGUCGCAGUCAUUUGGAUUCUCCUCCUCUUCCUCCUCCUCCUCCUCCUCUGAUCUCCCCAGCUGAUGCUCCUGCUUACGCUCCGACUGCUCCAGGUGCCAUGUUAUAUGGGACCACAAAAUCACUUUCACAGCCAUAUGAGUGCAUCGCCACAGCAGUGAGUCCCAUGGAGUUCUCUGCAAGUCGUGUUGAACUCUCUGCACCUCAACUUGAAGGGACGAUCGAACUCUUUCCCUCCAGCUCAAAGUCUCUUCGCAUUGGUGCUCCUCCUCCUCUUCCUCAGAGCCUCCCAGCUGGUGGUUCUGCUUACCCUCCAGUUGCAACAGAGGCUAUAAUGUUUGAAGAAUCACCAGAUGAAUGUCUGAUUUCUAGUGUCAUAACACCUUGUGCGAUGGAAGAAGAAAGUGAGUUUGUUCAGCCUCUGGCUUCAAGGGAUAUUUCAGAACUAGAGGGCCACCAUGGAGGGAUAAAAGAGCCACCUCCCCCCCGAUAUGAGCAUGGUGCUCUUACUCGUCGUCAAUUCCGUCGCAGUCGUCGCAGUCGUCGCAGUCGUCGCAGUCCUUCUCCUCCUCCGAUCCCCCCAGCUGAUGCUUACGCUUCGAGCAUGUUAUGUGGGGCCUCAACAAUACUUUCACAGCCAUAUGAGUGCAUCGCCGGAGCAGUGAGUCCCAUGGAGUUUUCUGCAGCUUCAGAUCUGGAAGCUUUAAUGAUGUGCGAUGCUCCUCCAGUCGCUCCUCCUCUAUCAGCUCCUCCUCCUCCUCCUGCUCCUAUUGGUAGUGAUGUUUUGGGUCAAAUCAGCUACCUGCUCCCAGACGAAUCAUCUCCUCUUCCUCCUCGCCGCCAAGCUGAUGGUCCUGCUUCCAUUCCAAUCGAUCAGGCCAUUGAGCCAACAGAUGGUAUGGAGAGCAGGUGGGGAAAUCCUCAGGUUCGCUGGCAUUGUUCUAGAGAUCCAACGGUCAGCAGCUCAGGGUUAUUUGGGAGCACCGCUAUUCCAAAUCCAACGGUCAGCAGCUCAGGCUUAUUUGGGAGCGCCGCUAUUCCACCUCUAGGAUCACUUUCUUUUAGAGAUCUACUUCCACCUCCUCGUCCGUGUGGUGUAGCUUUCUCUCAAGAGGCUCAUGAUAAACUAAAAGAAUUUAGAUGCUCAAAGAGACUCUCUCCUCGUCCUGUUCACCCAAAAUGGAAAUGGAAAAAGAUCUUUCAGAUGCAGCAGCAGGAAGGAUUCUGGGAGUUGACCAAUGAGCUGGGUCUUCUGCUGAAUUUCAACGUGGACGUCUUUGCUAAUGUGUUCCUGAUGAGCAAAGGCAUCAAGUCUUUGGGCCCAAAAGCGCAUGAGGAUAUCCUGAGGAUGUGUGCCACUCUGCUGGUUCUGCAGCUGAUGAGGGUGGAGAAGAUGGAGGAAGGGAAGCUGCUGCGCAGUCUCUUCCACCUGGAAGAGACUCCGUCCAGGCUGGACCGCUGGACAGCGGUGAAGAAGGCCGUGGACUGGGUGCGCUGGGCGGAACGGCAGUAUCCCUGCAUCUACAGCCGGCUGGAGUUCGGUCUGAACUGGGAGUCGUCUACCCGCCAGCUGCUGGGAGUAGAAGGCCUGCCUCCAUUCUCACCUCUCAUUGGUCUAAACCUGCGGCAGGGCCCCACCCCCAUGCUGGUUCAGUGAGCAGGUCUUCUAUUGAGACUGCAGUGUGAAACCAAAACUCCUCCAUGAGUCUCAAAAGGAAAAAAUCUUGAUGAAAAACGCAAAAAUCUGAUUUUCAUUUUAUGCUUUUAUUUCGUUCAUCUUUUUACAGAAAAAUUGUGAUAUCCCAUCAUCCCUUUGGUUACCCCCAGGCUACCAUUAAUGGUGCAACAAAAAUGGCAAACAAUAUUGUAGCCAUCCAGCUGUACAGUUUUGGUCCAGACACCAGCUCUGAAGGGGAAAAAUUUAGACGAAUAUUGAUUUAUUUGUUCUGGAAGUGGAUGCACCAGGAGAGGGGGGAAUUUGGCCCGCCCAUUUCAGUUUUUACGCCACACUUUUUCGAAUGUCAUGUUUCUGAUUCACCAUGAUUUAAAUUAAGAAAUUGUCAGAAAUGCAGUUUUAAUCUUAAACUAUAUUUCAUUCAUGAUCAUUACAUGUUAAAACUACCAAAACAUGAUUUUUUAUCAGAGUGGGUCUUUAAAAUUCUGAGGAUCAUUUAUCAAAUAUUUGGAAACCUUUAUGCCUUUGUUCCUCAGUUUCUGUUUAAACUGUUUUUAAGGUAAUCCUUCAUAUAAGACAAACUGUAGGAACACAUCCUUUUUUUAUCUAAUAGUUUACAUUUAUUGAUUUCUUUUACAGCAUUUUUUUGGUUGUUAUGGAGUUCUGUGUUUAUGUGUAAUCAGUUAAAGAAGAAUUAAAUUCUACACCUUUAAGGCGUUUUAGCAAAUUA